CAUAUUUUACAGAUUGAAAGUUUAGACAAGAGUCUAGAUGAUUUGCUGACCAGGGUUGAUGAAUUUGUGGGGAUGUUAGACAUGAUUCGAAGCGAGACUUCUCAAGUAGUCAAUGAAAGUGUACCUCAAGUUCAUACAAAAGCUACAGAAAUGAGACAGAUAUAUAGAAAGAUUGACAAAUUAGAGGCCUUUGUAAAAAUGGUUGGAAAUAAUGUGGCUGUACUGGAGGAGCAGGUCACAAAAGCAGAAACAGACCUUGGAACUUUUCCAAACACCUUUAAAAAAUUUUUACAUACUAUCAGUGUACCACCUUUUCUUAACAAAUCAUCUUCCUCAAGGCAACACCAGACCCUGUAUGAGCCUCCACCCCUUUUCAAGACUGAAGACUACUUUCCCUGUCUCAGUGAGCCAUCUUAUUCAUGAUUUUGCUUUUGGUUGACAUGUAUCAUCCAGAAGAAAGAAUGGCAAAUGAAUGAAAGUAAUGCUAGCAUCCAAGUUGCUGCCUUUCUAUGCAUAUCAGUGGCAGAUUGCCAUCCUGACUGUGCCACCAUUGUCUAUAAGCUGUUUCAGUUAUUUUUUAUGUAUUAUAUAUGAUUACAAAAGUCUUUCUAAAACAAGGCUUAUAAACUCCUUAAACACACUCUAGUAGGAAAAUAGAUAAAUAGGAGAAAUGUCUUUUUUUGUACUUUAAUUUCUGUGCUGCUGCCAGUGUUAACAUACCACAAGUAGCACCUGUGGUGACUGAUAUGAAAGAAGGACAAAGUUCUAUACAUUGUCUCCUAGGAAUGGCUCAGGUCCUGUUCUUCAACAUCUGGGAGAGAAAUGUACUAGACUGAAAAUAUGUUGGAAUACUCUGAACUGCUAUCUCCACCAGACUCUGAGAACAGCAGUGUGAUGACUUCUAUAAUGUCAAGGAUAAAAAUAUAAACUUGGAAGUUCUAUUUGAUACAUGUAUACAACCUUGACUUUUGUAAAUAAUGCCAAAAUUAUAUAUGUACGAUUACCAAAGCUCUUGUAAUUAAAAGGAUGUAAUUAAAGUU